AGCAAGUUGUCGGCUGAGACACAAGCUGGACCAUGUAUUCUGCUUAGGGCUAUUCCAUGUGUGGUAGGCUUCGGCUUCAUCGCUGUGACAAUUGCUUUUCAUCAUAACAUGGAGGUUACGUCUAAUUAUGAAGAGAUUGCAGAGCUGAUAUGGGAAAACGGCCACGUAUCCAUGCAUGGCCUUGGUGGGCUUCAACCCACUACUACUCAGGAAAAGCCCACAGUGAGCAGGGCCCACAACACAUUAGAGUCAAUUGUUGAACAUGCCACGUGGCAACCUUAUCAACCGUCGAAAUUCACUGGGGAAGGCCAUGACUCUGGUACGAAUGAUAGUAUAAUAAACUCCAUUGGUGCACCCUACGGUGAGGUUCAAGCUAUGCCCUCGUUGACGAAGAAGAGAGCGUGGUCCAACACCAACGACGACAACAAGAAGAACAUGUUGGAAGAAUGUGACAUCCUGAGUGGUUGUGCUAGUGCUGGUGCCACCUUUUGUAGGGACAAUGAAACAACCAUGAUGACAUGGGCCUCUCUUGAAUCUGGUCGGAGCUUGAAGACCAUGGAGGAAGAUUCACCUUGUCACUGUGGAUCGGAAAUUCGAGAUAAUCAAGAUGACACAAACAGCAAAGCAGAAAUAGGCCCCAGAAGGCGAGGUCGAACUGCUGCCAUCCAUAACCAAUCUGAGCGGAAAAGAAGAGAUAGAAUUAAUCAGAAGAUGAAGGCCUUGCAGAGGUUGGUGCCUAAUGCAAAUAAGACAGAUAAAGCUUCAAUGUUGGAUGAGGUGAUUAACUACUUGAAGCAGCUUCAAGCACAGAUCCAAAUGAUGAACAUGACAAGCAUGCCCCAAAUGAUGGUGCCUCUGGCCAUGCAACAGCAGCUGCAGAUGUCAAUGCUAGCCAGAAUGGGUGCUGGUGCUGGGUUUGGCAUGGGAAUGGGGAUGAUGAACAUAAACAACAUAGCAGCAGCCCAGACAAGUGGCCCAAGGUCACUCCCCCAACUCCUUCAACAAACACCAACAGUUGGAGCUCCACCUCCUGCCACUGCUCCUGUCUUUUUUGCCCCUUCCUUCAUGAUGCCUCCCAUGAUCCAAGCACAUGCCCCUGCACAUCCAAAGCCUCAACCUGCAUCCUCAGGCACCAUUGCAUCAAUUCCUUUGCCUCAUCCAUACAGUGCUAAUCUCACCCAACAACAUGGCAGCACUUUAUCAACAACAGAUGAGUCACAGCAAUCAUCAGGCCUUCAGCAGCAGCAUGUUCCAACCCCAGAAGCAAAGCCGUUGAGAAUAAAUCAAGCCAAACACUUGUGA